AUGCAUAUCACCGCCAGUGUGCGGAAAUUCCGGCGAUACAUCAUCUCCACGAUUGUGUUUGUCGCUUUUCUGGCUGUGUAUUUCCGGGAAUCAUGGUAUCUAUCGUCUGGCGACCGGGCAAUCAACCGGAUGAAUUUGUCAAUGAAACAACCCCCCUCGACAGACCCCGACACCAGCGCCCGCGCCAACGCCGCCAUCAUCUCGCUCGUGCGCAACUCGGAGCUGGACGGGAUGCUCUCGUCGAUGCGCCAGUUUGAGAGCUCGUUCAACGCGCGAUAUAGCUAUCCAUGGGUGUUUUUCAACAAUGAGCCGUUUACCGACGAGUUCAAGGAGCGCACGCAGGCCGAGACGAGCGGGCAGUGUUCUUAUGAGAUCAUUCCCAAGGAACACUGGGACGUGCCCGACUGGAUCGACCAGUCGCGCCUUGACCAGGCGUUCAAGGACAUGGACGCCAACUGGGUCAAGCAUGGCAGCCAGCUGAGCUACCACAAAAUGUGCCGCUGGUUCUCUGGUUUCUUUUAUCGUCAUCCCGCCCUGGAUAACUUCAAGUACUACUGGCGCGUCGAGCCGGAUGUCAAGUUCUUCUGCGAUAUCGAAUACGACGUGUUCCGCUUCAUGGAAACCAACAACAAAACAUACGGCUUCACCAUCAACGUCUACGACGACCCCAAAACCCUGCCAAACCUCUGGCCCACGACCACGGCCUUUCUCGACAAGCAUCCGAAUUACCUCAACUCGGACAACUCUCUCACCUGGCUGACCGACUCGACGUCACGUCCCAAACACACGGAGAUGGCAAACGGGUAUAGCACGUGCCACUUUUGGAGCAAUUUCGAAGUCGGCGAUCUUGAUUUCUGGCGCUCCCCGGAAUACACCUCCUAUUUUGAAUGGCUCGACCAAACCGGCGGCUUCUUUUACGAGCGAUGGGGGGAUGCCCCCGUCCACAGCGUCGCGCUGGGCCUGUUUGCGGCCAAUGAGCAGAUCCAUUGGUUCCGCGAUAUCGGAUACCAGCACUCGGUGUUUAGCAACUGUCCCGACAGUGACAAGUGCCACGGCUGUCAGAAGAACAAGCUGACGCCGCUGACAUACUGGCUGAAUGGCGAGGAUUGUCGGCCUGGUUGGUUCAAGCAGGUGUGCGAGAGCCGGCAAAAGACGGGCUCGAUGGAUGACGAAACCGAAGAGAUGUGUCGACAGGCGCAUGGUAUCUAA